UGUAUGUCGCCACCUUGAGGUCCACGUUGCUCCGCGCAUGAUGAUCCGCAGAUAGGUCAUCCAUUAACUUUCCUUGCCGUCAAUGAUUGUCGAUUACCGGUGACCAAUCCAAAGUUCAACAUGGUCGGAAACGGAGCAUCAUGUCUGUGAAAACGUUUUCCAGCAGGGUUUUGUUUAAACUUUUAAAACACGGUGGCGUCGUUUCAGGUAAACCGCUCCGUGCAGCGCGACAUGCAACGUCAGCCGUGCUGGGACGAAGCUCCGCGAGGGGCUACUACAACUCCGGGACACCCCGAUGCACGGGACCGGGCGGGGCGGCCCACUCCCGGGUGGUGGACCUCCGCAGCGACACGGUGACCAAGCCCGGGCCGGCGAUGCGGCAAGCCAUGGCGGAGGCCGAGGUCGGAGAUGACGUGAUGGGAGAAGACCCGACAAUCAACGACUUGCAGAAGAUUGCAGCCGACAUGUUUCAGAUGGAGGCCGCACUGUUUGUUCCCUCUGGAACAAUGAGUAAUCUUAUUGCAGUGAUGGUGCACUGCAGGGAGCGGGGCGAUGAGAUAAUUGUGGGUGAUCUGUCCCAUGUACACAUCUAUGAGCAGGGAGGUAGCGCACAGCUGGCUGGUGUCCACGCCACCACUGUGACCACUCUACCCAAUGGAACGUUUGACUUGGAGCAGCUGGAAUCGAAGAUCCGCCACGGGUACCCUGACCCCCACUACCCCCGAUCACGCCUCAUAUGUUUGGAGAACACACACAACAUACAGGGAGGACGUGUGCUACCCCUGACCUUCCUGCAGGAGGUUCGCGCUUUAGCAGAUAAAUAUGGUCUGUCCGUUCACAUGGAUGGAGCCAGGGUGAUGAACGCUGCUGUGGCCCAGGGGGUGCCUCCAUCCACCAUACUGCAGCACACAAACACCGUCAGUGUGUGCCUCUCCAAGGGUUUGGGUGCCCCUGUGGGAACCAUCCUGGCUGGACCCAGAGACUUCAUAUCACAGGCAGUACGCUGCCGUAAAGCCCUGGGUGGGGGGAUGCGGCAGGCUGGUGUGUUAGCAGCAGCAGGAAAACUGUCUCUACUGGAGAUGACAGGACGACUGGAAGAGGAUCACCGCAAUGCGAAAACCUUUGCUAAAGCUCUGCUCGACUGCGACCCUCCCCUGUUCGCUGUAGACAUGGCUGCUGUGGAGACAAACAUCCUGCGUUUCCGUCUGCAGGAGUCCAGUUUAAGUCCCUCCGAGUUCUGUGCCCGCAUGGGUCAGGUUAACGAGGGGGAGGAGGCUGCACUUGGACAGGGGAUACAAGUUCUCAUGUACCCCCAUUUUGGAAAUUCAGUACGGGCUGUAUGGCAUCUAGGGAUAUCCCCGGAAGACACGCAGCUUGCCAUCCAGAAAAUGCAAUUUGUGGCUUCUCAGUAUUCGAAGGAAAAACUCGGGGCCCAGUGAAAUCUGAUGCUUCCCAAGAGCUAAUCUAAUCACUCGAACUGAUUACUGAAAAUCUACACAGACUAAUCUAGAAAAGGACUGAAUGAUGUCAAACAUCGGAAGUAUUUAUGUAAUUAUUAAUUAUUAUUAAACUUUUUUGCCAUUAUUAUACAUUAAAUUUAAUGAACCACUGUC